AUGCCCAUGAUGCCGCCGCCAAUGCAUUCGCGCGCUGGCAGCGACUUGGGCGAGCGACCUCUGACUCCCACCUCUCCACGACACCAGAACCAGAAUCAUAAUGCGCAACCCUUCAUCUCUCCGGCUCAGACACCUCAGGGCAGUCCAAGCAAGAACCGCAUGCCCCCUGGCGCCUUCGACCUGCCCGACGUAUUCUCCAAUGCCAUGAAACUACUGCCCACCCUGGGCUCUCCUUCAAAGACUCCCAGAAACCAAGAUCACAGCCCUACGCGCAAAUCUAACAAGGAGAACACCCCACCUACUCGCCCUGGCGCUCAGCAACAAGAUCAUGUCAGCCAAGCUGCGGCGAGCAGACAGAGCCAGUAUCGCCAGGACGAACAGCCCCUGAGCAGACAGCGCAGUGUCAUUUCUGGUGGCCUAACACAAGAAGAGAUUGAGAAGCUGCAGAAGCCCACCGUCAAGCGUCUGGCUAACGUUACCCAACUUUACUUCCUUGACCACUACUAUGAUCUUCUCAACUACGUCUCAACCCGCCAGAAGCGUACCGAACUCUUCCAUGCCCACAAUCCUCCACCACCGCAGACUCCCAAUGAUGAAUACCAAUCGAACAUGCAACAGUACCUUGGACGCGAACGUGCAAAGCUCCGUGCCAGACGCACUCGUCUCAACCAUGGUGAUUUUGCCAUUCUCACUCAGGUCGGUCAGGGCGGUUAUGGUCAGGUCUACCUGGCGCAAAAGAAGGACACACGCGAAGUCUGCGCUCUCAAAGUCAUGAGCAAGAAGUUGCUAUUCAAGCUCGAUGAAGUGCGCCAUGUCUUGACCGAGCGCGACAUUCUCACCACCGCAAAGAGUGACUGGCUGGUGCGUCUUUUGUACGCCUUCCAGGAUGAGGCCAGCAUCUACCUCGCCAUGGAGUAUGUCCCCGGUGGUGACUUCCGCACUCUUCUCAACAACACUGGUGUUCUGCACAACCGUCAUGCUCGUUUCUACAUCUCCGAAAUGUUCCUCUGCGUCGACGCAUUGCACCAGCUCGGCUACAUCCACCGUGACCUUAAGCCUGAAAACUUCUUGAUCGAUAGCACUGGUCAUGUCAAGCUUACCGACUUUGGUCUGGCUGCUGGUUUCCUAGCCCCAGCCAAGAUUGAGAGUAUGCGCAUCAAGCUCGAGGAGGUCGGAAACAUGCCCCGCGAUGCUAUUCCCUUUGGCAGGCCCAUCGAGGAGCGUUCGCUGCAGGAGAGAAGAGAAGGAUACCGCAGUCUGCGUGAGCGCGACGUCAACUACGCAAAGAGUAUCGUUGGAAGCCCCGACUACAUGGCCCCUGAGGUGUUGAAGGGCGACGAGUACGAUUUCACUGUUGACUACUGGUCUCUCGGAUGUAUGCUCUUCGAGGCGCUUGCUGGAUACCCACCAUUCGCUGGUGCGACGGUCGACGAGACAUGGCAAAAUCUGAAGCGCUGGUCAUCCGUCCUGCGCAAGCCUGAGUACGAAGAUCCCAACUACUUCCUUUCUCGUCGUACAUGGGAUCUCAUCACUCGUCUCAUUUCCGGAAAGAACCAGAGGCUGCGCGGUAUCUCGCAGGUCAAGGCUCAUGCCUACUUUGCUGAAGUUCGCUGGGACCGACUGCGCGAAGAGCGUGCCCCCUUCGUGCCCGAACUCGACAGUGAGACUGAUGCUGGUUACUUCGACGACUUUGAGAGCGAGAAGGACAUGGCCAAGUACAAGGAAGUCAAAGACAAGCAGAAGGCGCUCGAAGAGAUGGCUGAGAGGGACGAGAAGAUGGGCCGCAAUCUGUUUGUUGGCUUCACAUUCAAACACCGAAAGCCCGCCGUCGACGAGAAUGGCGAACGCACUAGCCCUCGCAAGCCUCUUCCACAAGUGGAUGAGGACUUUGGCACCAUCUUCUAG